AUGGUAAACGAGAUUUUACUGAAUACGUCGGACAAACCCCUUUAUAAUCAUCCUUUUGAAGAUGAUUUACUUAUCUCCAUGGAAACUCUCACUUACAGUACACCUGACGGACCAAAAUCAUGGGAGGAUGUGUCAACCGAGGACCUUUCAUGUGAAGAAAGUGAUACCAAUACAGUUUCAGUAAGAAGAAAAUUUCAAGACGUUCACUUACAGAAUCUGUAUGUACGUGAUGGGAAAAUACAAGAGAAAGUAAAAGUGGAUGUGAUAGUUCAAGACAAUGUUAGAAAAAUUCCUGGAUGGAUUAUGGUAACAUAUUUCACCUCCCAUUUUACUUCACCAGUGCAAGAACAGAUUGGCAACCAAGCUGCUGUUUGCAGAAGGAAAGUAGAAUUGUCAAAUGAAUGUUCUUCAUCCAGACCUCCACAGUUAGGAUUUUCUGAUGUUCCCAUAUCAACAAAGACAAUCACCAUACCCAGGCAUCAGACUUCCCCAGAACUGAAUAAAACUUGGUGUGAUAGUAUCUUGGAAGAAUACCAGUCUGCAGAUGAGGAAUGCUCCUGGAGCAAUGUAACUCUUGCAGACUUGUAUCCAGGGAUGUUAGAGUUACUUACAAGGCUCAUGACAAAGCAGACUUGGAGAAAAGAGUCAAAAUACAUGUUUGGACAAUUAAGGCACAGAAGACACCCUUCUGGAAGACCAAAGCUCAGUGUCACCUUAGUCAAAAUAAGAGGGUUCAGACCUCCUAAACUGAAGCGAGCACAGCCUAGCAUAUGCAGCAGUAGACAUGAAGACAUACAGAAUCAAACUUUUGGAAAUGAGAAUAGAGAACUUCGUGAUGACAAGAGGUCCAUUAAUAAUUUGUCUGGUGUGGUACCUUAUUCUUACAUUGAUACAAAUGAAAUCAAAAUGGACUGCUCUGACUCAAGUUUAGUACCUAGAAAAGGCCCAAAAUUCUCCAAACGGACUGUUUUUCCUGAUGUUAUAACUACAAUGGGAGAGACGUUUCUAGUUGAAGAUGAGUUACAGACUACUGUCUCACUUAAUCCAAAAUGCAAAGAAAGUGAAAAAUUUGCUUACCAGUGUCCUUCAGAAUACUGUUUUAUAACGUCUGCUGCCAGUUCAGGGUCAACAGGACUUCAUCCGGUAAAAGAGAGUAAAACUCAAAAAAAUUACUUUUCUUGUGGUGAUACCUCAGAGUUGUGUUCAUCUACUUGCAGUUCCUAUGGCAAUAGUCAUGCUUUUACACCUGUCGCAAACUGUUCUCUUGCAAGAGCAUCAAAUACUUUGCUCAUAAAUCCCGAAAAAAUAACCUCUGAAAGACAAAUUCCUUUCAAGCACAAGCACUUAUUUUCCUUGUUGUCUACAAAGCAGAGUCCUUCAAAGAUGCCCCAGAAAUACAAAGAUGCAUUUGAAAAGCUCUACUACAAGCUGUGUCCCCAAGAAAUCCAAAAGCCUUUGACAUUGACAAGAUCUCUUGCAAAUUCACAGAACCUUGAAGAUAAAGGAAGAUUAGUGAAGAGUAAUUUAAGUCAUUCUGUGAGGUCCCAUACACCGUGUGACAGAGAAUUUGACAGGAUCAUGAGCAAUUGUGUAGUGGGGGUGUUCCAAAACUUCCUGGGUUUCAGAGAGCUUCAAAUUUAA